UGGGGUUUUUUUUCCUCUUUUCUCCCUUUCCCUGCUCAUAAUAGCCCGUUUGUUAAAGUUGUUUUAUUUUUUUGUUUUUUGUUUUCCUUUUAGCAUGUUCACAUGCUGAUGCAGCAACAAGCAUGACAAAUGCAAGGGGAAGAUUCAAUAGAAGAAGCCAGUACAGUAUCACAUGUGACCUUUUUGUGACUCCCAUUUGUUUGCAAGUGGCCACACAUUCCCAUACAACGCUGUCCAACUGGUAGGUUUUUGUCCUUGGCUAUGGUGGGCCUCAUUUGCUGUGGAUUUUUGCAGGUUCAGAGGAAUGGUCUUGUUGGAUGCUCAUGAUACAUUGUGUUGUGCUCAAAAAGUAGACGGUAUCACCUAUAAUGGGCAGGCUAAAAUAGUGCUGAUCCUAUUAGGUCUGACUUUGGGGCUAGUGCCCAACAAGUAGGUUAAAACAGGGAGUAGUUUUGUAGUCAGGUUUAUCUGCGACUUUAUUGUUUAUGAUCCAUUGAAAACAGAAAAGAUGGAUCUUUAUGGCCCAAUAAAACAAAACCAAGUUGCAAAAUUAGGUCCAUUUUUAGUACAAAACACUGUACACACCAGUAGCCAGUUGGUAGACUGCUUUUUUUCUUUGGAUUAUUCAAAAUCUCUCCAUAGAAGCAGUAUGGCUGUGAUAUCCUUAUCAGCAGGCAUUUGAAAGUUAGGUCCAUAUGUUUCCAAGUAGAUGCUUUGCCUUGUCAGUUGGAUUGCCUAGAUAGCAAAUAUUAGAAAAAGGGAAAAUAAAACUUACUAAUCACAUUGAAAAGAAAACCCUUGAAGACUCCCAAGAUGAUAAAGAUUAGAAAAAACGGCUACAUUGGAAAGAAAAUCCAGAUUUAAGUACAAGCAAUCCCCUUGCUCAAACAAUGCUGCUAUUUUAUUUCACAGAUAUUUGAUCAGAAGACUUGAAUUAGGAGCUUUGACUAGACAAAAUCAUACUAACUUCGAGGUGAAAUUGUUUAAAACUAACACAAAUUCUAAUUUCAUUCUUUUGGAAUGAUUCAAGCAUAGUGUUCAACUGACCUCUUAAUGGGGUCCAAUUCAUGCACUCAAUGGAAUCCUAUCCACGCAAAUCAGCAGUGUGAAUGUAGAAAACCAAUCAAUACGCCGUUUGCUCUAGUCAAACACGCCAUCUUAAACACUAAGAAUUUCUUGAUUAGAAUUUGGUUUCCUUAAUAACUUGGAAAUUUCGUGUCAGUACAUCACUUUUUUGCCCCUUAUCUAUGAAGGGACACACGGGUUUUCAGAUGUGAAUCUGCUGUGGUUUGGAGAACAAUUUUGUUUCCAUGUGUGACUUUUUUUUGUGAGCUUCCGCAUUGAAGAGGCAAGAGGUACAAACUUUGAUGGAUCCAACCACAAUGCCCAGUUGAUUCAAGUAUACAGUUUAGAACUGAAUCACUUGAAUCUUUCUUUCGGCGACAAAGUAGUUUAUGGACACCAUGUCCUUCACUAUGCAUGUUCCUCGUGGGCAGACCUGUGAAUUGAAGGUGACAGUAACCAUCUUAGCAUUGCUCUUCAUAAAAGUCUUGUCAGCUCCUCAAAGUGAUCUGGUGGAUAGUCUUCCAGGACAACCACCUGUGCCGUUCAAACAAUAUGCAGGAUAUGUCACAGUAGACCAAAGAAGUGACAGGGCUCUGUUCUAUUACUUUGUUGAAGCAGAGACAGAACCAGAUUUGAAGCCUUUGGUUCUUUGGCUCAAUGGAGGGCCAGGAUGUUCAUCAUUCGGUGUUGGGGCAUUUUCUGAGAAUGGCCCAUUUCAACCCAAGGGAGACAAAUUGGUCAGAAAUGGCUAUAGUUGGAACAAAGAAGCAAAUGUUCUGUAUUUGGAGAGUCCUGCAGGAGUUGGAUUUUCUUAUUCUAGUGAUCAAAGUUACUAUGUGGGUGUGAAUGACACUCUAACAGCCAAUGAUAACCUGCUAUUUCUUCUGGGAUGGUUUAAAAAGUUUCCAGAGUACAAAACCAGAGAGCUUUAUUUGACAGGGGAAAGUUAUGCAGGGCACUAUAUUCCUCAAUUGGCAGAUCUUAUUGUCAGGGCCAACAGAAAACAGAAGGUCUUCAAUUUGAAGGGUGUAGCUAUAGGCAACCCGCUGCUGGAUUUCUACACAGACUUCAAUGCAAGAGCGGAAUACUACUGGUCACAUGGUCUCAUAUCUGAUCCCACAUACAAAAUGAUGAUUACAGACUGCAACUACACUCGCUAUGUAGAUGAAUAUUACAGAGGCAGCGUUUCCAACACCUGUGAGCAGAUCCAUGCAAUCGUCGACAUGGAAGUCAGUCGAUAUGUCGACCGCUACGAUGUGACUCUCGACGUCUGUAUCACCUCCCUCCUCAUGCAAUCCAAAUUGCUCAGAGCUCAGCAGGGGAACAGGGCCAGAAUAGAAACUAAAAGAGUAGAACCAGACGUUUGUGUCCAAGACGAAGCCACAACAUAUCUCAAUAGGCCAGAAGUACAGAAGGCAUUCCAUGCGCGCCUCACUGGAGGCGUCAGUAGCUGGCAGGCCUGCAGCGAUGUGCUUCAAUACGAUCAUCUCAAUCUCGAGAUACCCACCACAGGGUUGCUGGGUAAACUUGUAGAUGCUGGUAUAAGAGUAUUAAUUUACAGUGGAGAUCAGGAUUCAGUGAUUCCUCUAAUUGGGUCACGGACAUUGAUAACCAAUCUUGCUUCAGAUAUGCAGCUGAACACAACAGUUCCUUACCGUGUCUGGUUUGAAGGGAAGCAGGUGGCAGGAUGGACACAGGAAUACAGCAACAUUCUGUCAUUUGCAACGGUGAGAGGAGCAGCUCAUGAAGUUCCCUUCUCUCAGCCAGAGAGAUCCCUCGUCUUAUUGAAGGCCUUCCUCUCUGGCCAACCUCUGCCCACCAAUUUCUAAGCCAUAGUGCCUCCAUGCACACUGUAUAUUCAAUAAGAAUGUCCAUCUGUAUUUCAAAGCUGUCUGAUAUGUUGCUGUAUUUCGAUCAUUUAAUGCUUGGACAUAAAUGAGUAAUAUGUGAUGUAACAUCUUUUUAGUGCAAUCAAUGGAUAAGAUAUAAAUUACAUGUGAUCAAAA